AUGAACACAAAAGUAGAGGAGAUGCACCUCAUGGGUCUAGCUGAUAUCUACACAGAAGCGUAUAGGAUCAUCUCUAGAUGCAGAAAAACUUUCAGAGGCAUCACUUUUACUUUGAUCCUACCUUUGUCAUGCUUCAUUUUCAUAGCCAGUAGGGACUUAUCUGCGUUGACCUUCACAAGCUCUGGUGACCUCCCUGAUUUCCCUUCAUUCGGAUGGGAUUUCUUUUGGUUUUUCAAGGUUGUUUAUCUCAGCUGCCUGAUCAUCUAUUGCAAUAUGUCAACUUCUACAGUGGUCUUUACUGCUUCAUCAAUAUAUGGAUCUGGUGAUAAUCAACCAAGUUUCAAGAAGGUCAGAAAUGUCGUGCCACAGGCUUGGGAAAGGCUAACGGUCACUUUUUUAUGCAAUUUCUUUUCUUUCUUGGUAUACAGCGUUACCAUUGCAGUGAUCACAACAUUCCUAUCAGCUAUUACAAUUGGAAAAUAUCAGUUCACGCAAAAACUUCUCCUAGUUGUGUUGCCAGUUUACGCGGUGGGUUUUGUUUAUAUGACAGUGAUUUGGCAGUUGGCUAGUGUUGUAUCGGUUUUAGAAGAUUCGAAUGGAUUUGAAGCCAUGAUCAAGAGCAAGCAGUUGAUCAAAGGAAGGUUGGUAAUGACAAUGUUCAUAUUCUGUCAAUUGAAUUGCUCUUUUGCUUUGCUACAUAUUUUGUUUGCAAAGAUCGUUGUAUACGGGCAUUCAUUGUUGAUGCUGCAGAGGGUUGCGUUUGGCUUAAUUUGUCUUUGGUCACUUUGCACAUUGAUUCUCUUUGGAUUGGUCGUCCAGACUAUCGUCUACUUUGUCUGCAAGUCAUAUCAUCUUGAAACUCAUCGACAAGUCAAGCCACUUGAGAGUUGUGAUGACACUGCAGUUUAG